AUGAAGUUUGUGAUAAUUGGCAGCGGUCCGACGGCUCUCGGAGCAGCCUUCCGUCUUUACGAGCUCAUUGAAAAUGGCUCGAUUCCUUCUGAAACUGAGGUUUCCACCUAUAUAAAAAAAGCCAUUCAAUUUUUUUUCGAGGUACUGAUAGUCGAAAAAGAACGGGACGUGGGUGGUCUGGCUCGAUCCGUAACUGACGAUAGAGGAUUUACCUGGGACCUCGGUGUGCACAUCACUGGUGUGUUCAUUUUUAUGUGGUUCAAAUGAAAAGCUUAUAUGAACUGAUACAGGGCUCGUUUUCAACUAAAAAACAAAUUUGAUUGAUUUCACGUAAAAGCUAUUCAGGAGCUUCAAAGUACAUCAAGUUUACGAACACCAUCAACACGCUGGUCGACGCUUGGAACGUGAUUCCCAGACGAGUAAAGGUGUUUUGAAAGCAUUUUUCGAAAGAACUCACUUUUCUCCCUCAAGGCCUACAUGGCCCACGUGACGGAAGAUGGCCAGAACGUUGUCGAAGAUUACGUCCCUUAUCCAGUUCAGAACUCGAUCCCCUACUUUAAAGAAGAAAUGAAAAAAAGAUGUCUCGAGGAGCUUUCUGUAAUUUUCUUAUAUAUUUUCAACCAGACAUACUUUUUGAGCCCAAUUUCAACUAAAUACCUGUCAAUGGAAUAAUUUUCGACAAACGGUGGUUGCUACUUUUUUAAUUGACAAAUCUUUUUAUACAAUAUUGCGAAAGUCUAUUUUUCGUCAAAUUGAAAAUUAGUCUGACCAAAACGUCCGUCGAGAACGUUUGUUUCUCAAAAUCAAUGAUUUUUUGGUUUGUUUAAGCAAUUGCCGACAGUGGUGUCUCAUAAGAAUUUCGGAGAGUUUACGAGAGAUACCUUUGGAGAAAGCCUCCAAAAAGAGUUUAUCCGUCCGUAUAACGAGAAGGUUUUUCUUGUUUUGAAAGAAUCAUUGAAGCGGAGGCUCUCGUGCAGGUCUGGACAGUUAAGUUGGAGGAGAUGAACACGGCGUGGGUGGCAAAUCGAGUGCCACGACCUGAGGUCGGCAACCUCAGAAGAAGGUGCGAUUUGAGCAUCGAGCAGCUGCAGGAAGAAGAAAACAAGGAGAAACAACUUUUCAAGUCAACCUUUUCAUGCUUUUCCAGUAGAACGAGAUCAUCAGGUACCCAAAGAAACUGAAAGGAGCAGGCGAAAUGUGGCGAUUGCUUGCAUCUCGACUUCCUGCUCAUUGGUUCAAGUUCAACUGUGAGCUCCAGCGUGUUGAUCCAGUUCAGAAAAAGGUUUGACAAGACGUUUCUGCGACUUCUGACGUUUUCAAGGUUUUCAUCAGGAAUAAUCGUUACACUACCUACAGUCACCUCAUUUCAACAAUGUCGAUUGUAGAACUUGGCAAAGCUAGCGGCUUGCUUCUCGAAUCUAAACUCAAACACUCUAAGGUUCCAGUCGUCUCUUCAUUGAAAAAACUCAGCAACUUUUCAGGUGGUUCUAGUGGGAGUUGGCGUCCGGACUCCUCAGCCCGAGUUUACAGAAACCUUAUCAUGGCUUUAUUUCCCUCAGCAAGACAUUAUUUUCUACAGAUUUGCAAAUUAAGCUAUUCUUAGAACUUUUUCUGUUUUAGGUGCACUUUUAUCUCAAACUUUAAUGAGAGACUCACUCCAAACCCGGUCUUGUACUGGUCCAUGAUUUGCGAGAUUGGACUCCCCGCAGACGCGACCGUCGAUGAACAGGAGCUCAUCGACAAGACCAUUCUAGGUUGUGUUGUUCGAAUAACUUCGUUCAGUAUUUGAUUCUGUCAAGAUCUGCGACAACACGGCUUGCUGGACGAAGAGAACCAAGUAAUCCAUCGGUGGAUCCAUGUCCUUCCUUUGGGUUAUCCCAUUCCGACAGUCGACCGCGACGAGGAGCUUCGAACAGCCCAUCAAACACUUGAGAAACACUCUAUUUUCUCUCGAGGAAGGUCAGUUUAUCCUGGUAAACAGAAAAAUCCUGUGUGA